UCACCGCCAUACAUCACUUGACCGUUUCCCAGUCUCGGUGAGGAAAUGAGGAAUCCCUCUUUGCUGGUACUGGUUCGAAGCUCCGCUUCACCGGCGGUGAUCCGAUCCCAGACCGCCAUCAGAGCGAAAGGGGGAGAAGAACUCCCCUUAUUAUAGCUUUGCUCUUCAACCUCUUCUUCUUUUUCUCUCGUCUUCUUCCCCGCUUCUCUUCUCCCUUUCAUGUCUUCCGAUCGCCUCCACUCCCCCUUCUUUCACUUUGGGUUUCGAAGCCUAGCUCCCACUAUACGGCUUCGUUUCUGCUGCUCUGAUCCUAGGCAAUAUCCUUGUCUUGCUUUUGGUUCUUCCUGGGUUUUGGUUUCUUCGGCUUUGAGGCUUGGCGGACGAGAUGGGUGAUCAGACGUUUAUUAUUUUUGGAUCAUUUACUGAAGAGGAAACAAGGUUUUUUCAAAAUCAAUUUAGUAAAAAUGUUGGCGGCACUGCUGGAAAGACUGAAUUGCAAUUUGGCUCUUUGGACUUUGCCUCUCUGACUCCACCAAAAGAUUUUGAGUGCUAAACAGGAACAAAAAUCAGAAAAUAUCCUAGGUUCAAAGCUGGUUUGCAAAGGGCAAAUCAUCCAAGAAAAGAAGCAAAUGUAACUAAAGGACUUUGAAGAAGUUUCACAAACUCAAAUUAAUGGAACUAGCAAUGGCUCUUUAUCCCAUAAUGGUUUGGUUGUUGAAAAUGGGAGAGAAUCUUGUGCUUUGAGUUUGUCAAGAGUUGCGGAAGAAGAGAAAAUUGGUGAUACAGAGUUGUUGACAUGCAAAAAAACACAUGAUGGGUAUGAAAAAGCUGGAAGCAGUAACUCAUCAAUUUAAUUCACCAGAAGCUCCGACUUCUGUCAAAAAUGUUUCAGAAACAUCAAGCAAACAAGAAAAGCUACCCAAAAUCCUGAUGCCACGUGGCUUGAUAAAUUCUGGAAACCUUUGCUUUCUCAAUGCGACAUUGCAGGCUCUUCUCUCAUGCUCACCAUUUGCUUGUCUACUGCAGGAACUUAGAAAUCGUGAUAUUCCCAAGGUUGACUAUCCAACAUUGCAUGCAUUUGUAGAGUUCAUCUCUAACUUUGACAUGCCAAAUGAUUUGAGCUCAAAAAUCAGUGAGAUGCCAGCUCUUGAAAGUGGGAAGCCUUUUAGUCCAAACAUGUUUGACCAUGUUUUGAGGAAAUUUACUCCAGAUUUGCAGGCUGGCAUAUCAGGAAGACCAAGACAAGAAGAUGCCCAGGAGUUCUUGAGUUUUGUUAUGGAUCAAAUGCAUGAUGAACUAUUGAAGCUUGAAAACCCUUUAUUCAGUCAAAAUGAGAAGUGUUCUUUUUUUAUUUCAUCUGUUGAAGAUGAUGGUUGGGAAACAGUUGGACCAAAAAACAAAUCUGCUGUGACCAGAACUCAGAAAUUUAUGCCAUCCCAGUUAAGUGCAAUAUUUGGAGGACAACUGAGAAGUGUCGUGAAGGCAAGAGGCAGCAAGGCUUCAGCUACAGUUCAGCCCUACCUCUUGCUUCAUCUUGAUAUUCAUCCUGAAUCCGUCCAUACAAUUGAAGAUGCAUUGCAUUUAUUUUCUGCUCCUGAAGCUCUUGAGGGAUACAAAGCAUCAGCUGGCAAGGCUGCUGAGGUUGCCGCCAGCAAAUCAGUUAAGAUACAGGAGCUCUCCAGGAUUAUGAUAUUGCAUCUCAUGCGAUUUAGUUAUGGCAGCAAAGGUAUGGCUAAACUACACAAGCCUGUCUGCUUCCCACUUGAGCUUGUGCUUGGCCGUGAAUUGCUUGCAACCCCAGUGUCAGAGGGUCGGAAGUAUGAGCUCGUUGCUACCAUCACUCAUCAUGGUAGAGAACCCUCAAGAGGGCAUUAUACAUCGGAUGCCAGGAUUUCUCAUGGUCGGUGGCUUCGAUAUGAUGAUGCAUCGGUUACUGCUGUGAGCAUAAAUGAUGUCCUCCAUGAUCAGGCCUAUGUUCUCUUCUACAAACAAGUGUAGAUUGAAUCAAAUCCUCUUCCAGCUGUAUAGAUGUGUGACUGGUUCUUCUGACUAUGUGAGUUCUAAAGUUUUACUUUUCUAUGCCUUAUAUGUAAUGCUUCCAUCUAUGCAAAAAGGAUAAUUCUUUCUUUUUUCUUUUCUUUUUUACCAGCUGAUGUUGUGGCAAUGCUUCCUGUAAUCUUAUUGUUUGAGUGAAUAA